AUGGAAGUUAGGGCUCAGCUUCCUGCAGAUACUUCUGAUGCACUUUUAUGGAAAAGAAUCGAGCAGGCUAAGAAACUCUGGAAGCUCUUUGACGCAAUAUUUAUGGAUAAAAUUUAUCGAAUUCAUUCCUUUUCUUUAGCAAAGAACAAACUUCUUCAAAAUCUAGAGCGAGUAAAUAUUUCACCUGCAUCUCAACCAAUUCCUAAGAUAAAUUCAACUCAUGACUGCACCUACUAUUUUCAAAACAAGACAUUGGAUCAAUAUCCAAAUUUAUAUAGAGAAUUUAGUAGUGAAAAUUUUGAUUAUUAUGGCAUUACUGAUGAGACAUCAUGCCUAUUAUGCAAGUUAGGUCAUGAUAAUGAUGAAAGCAUAGAAGAUAGGUAUAAAGCAGGAUCUUACUUUAUUAAAUGUGAACAGCGUGAAAUUGAGAUAACUGCAUAA